AUGACUGCUCUCCGGAACCCAGAGGGAACAGCCAUUGCAUCGAGAAGGGGGAUGGAGAAAAUCAUCUACGACUUCCACUCUGAUCUCUUCGACAGCCAUCUCCACUUGCCUCCUCACCAUCUGAGGGAAGACGGACAAGUCAUUCCAGAGGUUCUCCCGUCCGAAAUACGACAUGCUAUCAUGUCGGUAAGAAAUCGUACGGCACCCGGUCCCGACAGAAUAAGACCAGAACACCUGAAGAGCCUUCCGCCAGUACUCAUCAACACCCUGGCAAGGCUCUUUACACGUUAUCUGUCGGAAUGCAAGGUUCCUAAACAGUGGAAGACCAGCAAGACCGUGUUGUUGUAUAAAAAGGGAGAUCCACAUGACAUCAGCAACUACCGUCCAAUCUGCCUAAUGACAGCCAUGCGAGCAAGCAGGGUUUCGAAAAGGAUUCAGCACAUUGACCACAUUCACACUGUUUCGAAACUCAUCGAGGUAUCACGAGAGUACAAGGUGCCGCUCUGUCUUACCUUCAUCGACUUGAAGAAGGCCUUCGACUCAGUUGAGACGGAAGCGGUCAUGACAAUCUCAGUACAUAAAGAGAGGGGUUCGACAGGGUGGUACAAUCUCACCCAAAACAUUCACAGCCACCCUCGAGAACGCAAUGCGAAAUUGGAAUGGGACGACAUGGGAGUGAAGGUUGAUGGUCGGCAGCUGCACCAUUUGCGCUUUGCUGAUGAGAUCGUACUGAUAGCACCUAGCAUCAGCCAAGCGGAACGAAUGCUGACCGAAUUCGACGAAACAUGUGGAUGCAUCGGUCUUCAACUGAAUCUACAAAAGGCGAUGUUCAUGCGGAACGGAUGGGUCUCGGAUGUCCCAUUCACGCUCAACGGAGCGAACAUAUCCGAAUGCACCAGCUACGUUUAUCUGGGUCGGGAACUGAACAUGAUGAACGACCUAGCCCCCGAGCUGGGUAGGAGGAGACGAGCGGUUUGGGGAGCGUACAAGAGCAUCGAGGAUGUAGUGAAGAAGACCAGGAACACCCGGCUCCGUGCUCACCUCCUCAACACCACCGUACUUCUUGCUUUGACCUAUGCUUCGGAAACCUGGGCAUUUCGCAGGCAGGAAGAAAACGCGGUGAGCGUCAUUGAACGCGCGAUUGAGAGAGUGAUUCUAGGAGUAUCCCGUUUCACGCAAGUGAGGGACGGGAUUCGAAGUUCUUUCCUACGUCAGCGAUCGAAGAUUAGAGACACCGCCGCGUUCGCAAAGGAAUGUGGAAUAAGGUGGGCCGGGCACGUGAUGCGCUUUAAGGACAACCGUUGGACCAGAGCCGUGAGCGACUGGGUUCGCCGCGAUAUUAAGCGCACUACAGGAAGACCGCAGACCCGAUUGUCAGAUUUCUUCACGAAGUCCUUCAAAGAAAACCAUGAUGCUCUUUUUGUCCCACGCGAAAGGAGGAACCACUGGGCGACUCUGGCACGUGAUCGGGACAAAUGGAAGAAUUACUAG